UCUAACACAAGAUCUCAAUUUUUGUAAUUUAAAAAAAAAAACAAGGUCUCUCUCUUCUUCCCCUUCCUCAACCUACCUACUUCUUUUGUGCAACUUGUCUCUACAAGAGCUCCUCUAUAUCUCUGUAUUGCCCACACAUAAAAAGUAAGAGAGAGAGAGAGAGAGUGAGUGUGAGGGGACAACAUCCCACCAUUUGAGGCUGCCCCUAUUUUAGUCGCUACCCUCAAUCAUGCCAUCAGGUGCUAAGAAGAGGAAAGCUGCCAAGAAAAAGAAGGAAAAGGAAACGGAAAUUAACACCAACCCUUCAACUACCAACCUUCAAGGGAAUGAUGAGGGGAAGUCACAGGAUGAGAAAGGAAGUGAUGGCGGCGAGGGUGGUUCACCUUCACAUGGAGACCAUGAUCUUGCUUUCAAUGAAGAGGAGGAGGAGAGAGAGCCUUCAGCUGCUCAACCAUCUGAUGCUGGUGCUUCUAAGGAUUUGGAGGCUAAGAUCGGUGAAACUGAGGAGGGAAAAGAAGGUGUUGUUAUUAUAGAGUGGGAUGUGAAAUCCGAGGAGAGUUCUGAGAGCAAAGAUGUGAGAGCUGGGCAUGUUGAGUCUGCCAAGGGAUCCCAUCAUGGGAAUGGAAAAUCUGAUAGUUCAAGUGAUGAAACCGGAAUUGUGAAAAACUCAAAGUAUGAGUCACAUGAUUCGAUAAAUGAGACCGUUGCAGUUGAUGAGUUGGUUAAAUCGAAGGAUUCGUUGUAUGCAAAAGUGACGCCAGUUACUCAAAACGUUCUGGUUGAGAAGACUGCUGAUUCGGUUGCAGAACCUUCUAAUGAACCAGUUAAACCAGUGGCAUCCGUACCUGAGGGGCAAACCAUUCAUAAUGAUAAUGCUUCAUUAGAGAAACCAACUGGAUCUCAAGUAGAAGCAACUGAUCUUGCUGUGAAGAAAAAUGAGGAUGAAGAGCAUUCAAUCACUGAUCAGAAUGUCAGAACACCAAGUUUGGAGGAACCUAAGGCAAGGGAAUUUGUCAAUGAAGUAUCAGCAACAGUGUUUCAUAGUCCUAUCCCUGAAUCUACUCUUGCUGCAGAACAUGUUAAAGAUUCUGAUGCUCCAGAAAGCUCUGAAAACCAGCCUCUUGUAUCAUCAGUCCCGCCUGUGAUGCAGAAGACUUCCUGGUUGAGUUGCUGUGGACUGUUUGAUGUUGUGUCUGGCUCCAACAGAUAAGUUGAGAAAUACAAGCACGGGGAUCUCAUCUGAUGGAUCAGACUUAGUGAAAACUUAGGACUUCAUUGAUAAAAUUUUGUGAUAUUUUAAUGUAGAUGUGUUGUUAAGAUUUUCCAAACAAUAAUGGGCAGAAACCCAACUACAUAAUUCAUGAGGUUUAUCAUCAAAAGUUUGUUGUCGUAAGUAAUUGUGUUAGCAACAGUUUCAACUCAAUAUACUCAAGUGCUUGAAACUUUUUAAACUA